GAUCAGCUUGGAGCGAUUCGACCAAACAUCAGCAUCUAAAAAGUGACUGGCUGUCUCUGUCUCUUGCGUGGUAGUUUUUAGAGGAAGAAGGCGUGACUACAGGCACACAACAAUAUUGAACUGCACCCAUGUCACAGAUCAAACCCAGUUUGAAUGCAUCGGACAUAAUAUUAAAGGAAACAACAAGUGCACGCUAUAACAAGUUUGUUGGAGCUAAGUUAUCCGAUGUUAGGCAGCAGAGGAAUAUGCAGUUUUUCUUUCUAUGCUGAAGAUCAACGCCUGUUCAACAACAACAAACUCGUGGACGUGAACUAGGAAACGGCCGAUACCUCUGUGUUAACCAUGACCGUCUGCUAGUUUUCCUGGACGAUUUCUUCUGGAUUAGUCUGUAAAAUCACCAAACGAGACAUCCUGCAUCGUUUUAGUCGGCUAAAAGCAGCGCGUGGACGAGUCGGAAACUCGAGCGCCAUUGAAAACAAAGUUCUGACAAUCUGAGGCUGUUAGACACAAGUGCCUCUUGCACUACUGGUCCCCCCACCCCAGGCAGGUGUGACUCGUUCGUACGACGUCACAAAUGCGACCAUGGGAAGUAGCAGUGAGUAGGCGGCCAUCAACAGCCCCCUUAAACCAGAGGAGGGUCUUCGGGGAGCCUUGCAUCACACCUCUGCACCUCAGGAGAAGUCCUCCAGUGCGACGUCAGUGGGGACAGCGAGAUAUACCUCCUGUGCACACUUCCCUACAUCAGGAUGAGAACUUCCACCACCCUGUCUUCUCCCAGCAUCAGCAGAUUCCUUUAGAUGAGUCCAGGCAAUAUAGCCACACCGGUGCACCUCCACGCAUGCUGCAUACUGCCACACAACCCCCCCAACAGAGCUCCAUCAUGGUGGAUCUUCACGAACAGAUGCAUCAAGGAUCAGUUCCGAUAUCUUACACAGUUACCACGGUGACGACCCAUGGUUUUCCCAUCCACACCGGGCAACCUAUCCCAGCCUGCAAUGCUCAGCAGCUCCCAGCAUGCUCGGUAAUGUUCAGUGGACAGCUCUCUCUGCUCUGCUGCCUUCCUCCUCCACUCAUUCAGGCCUGCACCAUGCAGCACCUGCCUGUGUCCUAUCAGGCAUUUCCACCAUUGAUCUCCAGUGAGCAUUUUAUCCUGCACCCCAGCCCACCAGUGCCGCCCCACCAGCCUCAUCUGCCUCCACUCAACCAGUUUGUCCCCAUACAGCCCCAGCAUCCGCGCAUGCCUCUGCAGAGGGUGGAGAAUGAAGUGGAUCUGCGAGGAGACCAGCAUCCGUUAGGAACAUUCUCUUAUCCUCCGGCCCACCAUCCACCAGCAAUGACCCCCUCCGUCCCCCUCCAGUACCUCCCCCAGGAGCCCCUCCAUCAAGAGCUACCCUACGGAGUGCCAUAUCCGCACAUGCUGCCGAGGCGUAUAACUGGACAGAGGUAUCGAUUACAGCAGCCUCUGCCUCCCCCUCCACCGCCCUACUACCCUGGCUUCUUACCAUACUUCCUCUCGAUGCUUCCUGUGCCUCCAACUGCUGUGGGUCCUGCUAUCAGUCUGGACUUGGAUGUAGAUGAUGUGGAGAUGGAAAACUAUGAGGCGUUAUUAAACCUUGCUGAGAGACUCGGAGAAGCGAAACCCCGAGGACUAACGAAAGCUGAUAUAGAGCAACUUCCGUCCUACAGGUUCAGUUUAGAAAACCACCAAUCUGAACAGACUCUAUGCGUUGUAUGCUUUUGUGAUUUUGAGUCAAGGCAGCUACUUCGAGUAUUACCCUGCAACCACGAAUUUCAUGCAAAAUGUGUGGACAAGUGGUUAAAGGCCAAUCGCACCUGUCCAAUCUGUCGAGCCGACGCGUCUGAAGUUCACCGCAAUGUGGAAUGAGUUCAGGUUUUUGUUCUUCACUGGAAAACGGCACAAAUCCUUGAGUGUGUUCUGUGAGUGGGGACACCUGAUCUCCAGCCAAACGCAAAUCUACCCCCCACCCCGCUCCCAACCCCACCUCUACAAUAAGCAAUCUUGGAAUUUGUACGGAACCUGUUUGACCUCUGCUGUUCGUCAUUGUGUGUGACUUUCAGUGGUUCAGAGUUCCAAGGCCUGAGGUUAAAGAGGGAAACGUAGACAAAAAGGACUGCGAAACGACAGCCGUGAAUCCAUCGGGAAAACUCCCGCUGGGCUUUCACCACAGUCGUAGAGACAUUGAGGAAGCUGUAGCGUUUUUUCGCUUUUGCUGUUUGCUGGCGAGGCCAAUCGGACUGGCCCAUGAGAACACAGGGACGAGGACAGCACACUGCCUCUGCCAGCUUCCACCUGGCUGCACUGCACAACCCCCAUCGAUUCUGGAUUCCGCUCCCUCACACUCCGCUAGAUCCAGGAGAACAUCUCACAGGCCUCGCGCUGACUGUUCUUUUAGACUAGCAAUAUUUGAAUUUACGAGAUCCACCGCAUUUCAGCCACAAGAGGAACAUCGGACGGCCUCCGUCUCGCCAUUCUCACGUCCGGAGGCCGAGGAGCUCGCAUUCGCCUGUCCAGAAUGACUUUUUGGGAAAGGGUGGAACACUUUGCGGAAAGCAAUACGUGCAAUGAGUGUGUGAAGUGAACGCAACGUUUGACCUGAUUUUGGAGGACUAGGCUUUUUGUUUUUCCUCAUUCGUGAGCCAAAUAAUCAAUAUACUCUACAAGAUUUUAGCUCUGCCUUCUCAAGACCUUGACAAGCACAAACCUGUUACUAAUCCUCAGACAUCCUUUGUCAGUUCCUCUUUUAAAAGUAUGCGUUUUUUUUUUUAAGUGGUGUUAUUUAUUUCUUCAUUCGCGAGAGUUUGUGAAGGAUUCGGUCGGAAUGCUAAAACAUCUUUAGCGCAUUUUAGUUUGCCUCCGGUUGUCAGGUCUCAGGCCAUGUUCACCGUGUAAAGUGAUGUGAAAGAACGAAAAAAAAAAACAUUGUAUGCAUAGCCUUGGUGUGAAAGGUUGCAAAUUAUCGUCUUGUUUUUAAGACAAAAGAAUGUUGAAACCCUCUGUAUUUCUAGUUACGCCCUCUCCUGUGUGACAGUUGACUAGUCGUUCCACGAAGAUCCCGGAUAGGAUUCGAAACGGCAGAGACGGAGCGUUAGGGUCGUUUAAAGAAAAAAAUGCACUGUAAAACGCUUAACUCGUGGUUCACUCGAUUCCAAAAACAAACCUGAACGUUGUUCGGGGGAAAACUAUGAACUAUUUGUUUUUUUUUUGGUUCCCUAAGUACUUUAAUUAUAGGACUUUUAAAUAUAUAUAUUCAUGAGUCGUUUGUCCACUGAAUAGUCAUUGUAACUCAAUAGACACACUGGCUUUCUCGGGUAAAGGGACUCUCUUAAGAGAAUGUGAGUAUCUUGUGUUUGCGUGCCAGGUUUUAAAAAAAGCCAUUGUAAUGAAUUUAAUCCACACUUUUGAUAAGUAAUCUAUGUAUACAUAUCUGUUCACUGGCAUAUAUUUUGAGUAUAAUGGGGGGAAAAAAUCACUCAGGGCCUCUCUGUAAUUGAAAAAUAAAGGAAAACAGUCCAUUUCAAAUUGGAUUGACGCCAUGGAGAUAUAUUUGGGUAUUCUGGGUUGUUUUCCUCAGGCCAUGCAUAUUUUAAAUGUAAUCAACUGAACUAAUAUUCCUUUUAUAAAUAGUGGUGAAUAUUAUUCCAUUAUAAGACUGGCAUGCAAAGAAAAAAAAAAGAUGAAGUGACAUGUUGUAUCGAGUGAGAAUAGGCUUUUCGUCACUGCAGCCGAUCAUUAGCGUAUGUUACUCGAACCUGUUUUCCAGCCGUUGCGUUUUGCCGUGUUCUUGUACUUGAACCACACAUAAAGGUUGUAAUCCCGUUGAAAAACGUGCCACGGUGCACACUGUCCUACCUAGACCACUUCCAAGACUAUUCUUACAGUGUUUGCAUGAUUUAAGGAUUCAAAAAAAAAAAGAAAAAAAGUCAAAAAAUGAAAUCUGUAUUUUCAGUGAAAGAUAUCUAGACAGGGGUGGGCAAGUAUUUAAUUGUGCACAAUAUGCAUGCGUGUCUAACCAGGUCCCAACUGGUUUUUAGGUAGAUCUAGUUGGCUUGGGUUCUGGGUGUAGGGGACUUUCUGCUCAGCUGAUAACUGCCAUGCACUGUACUGCACACAUUUGUAAUAGAACCGAAUGACUACAAUAUUUUAUUGUGCUUGUACUUGCAAAAGAAGAAGAAAAAAAUUAAAGGCUAAUAAUAUAGGAUGUUUAAAAUAACAACGUUAAGCUUGAUGCCAGUGGGAAGACAGUGGCUUUUUGAAGCGGAAAAAUGUGAUUUGAUAGGCUCCUCACCACAUUUGUGCUUCUAUUGUUGCCUCAGUUACUGACACACUUGCCUGGAAUCUAGAUAAUGGAAAGCCAUAUAGUAAAAAGGUGCUAGAUAUUCAUUCUAUAUUUAGGUGUAACGCUACAUUCACAUAAGAGAAUGCAAUAGUUUGUUAUGGGUCUCUAUUCAUACAGCAUGCAGUGCUACUAGUACCCUCAUGGUGGUCAGAAACAGUUAAUAACAUUAUCAACAGGGGUUUCAAUUAAGAAAACAAACAGAAAAAAGAAAGAAAACUAUUUAGCUUUACUUGUAUGUGCUGGUAGACCGUUUUAAAGGAUAUUAUUAUUUUACUGCCCGAGUGAUCAGAUUCAAUACAUCUGCCUUAAAUCGAAGUAGUAGGAGGUUUUGUGUGGGUUAAAAAACACGGUGUUAUCACUCAUUCACCAAAACGGUCAGAAAUAUAUGUACCUGUUGUACGGUUCUCUCUACCUUGAGCAUCUGUAACUGUUAUGGUUUAAAAAUAAGUUGUUGAUAUACACGCAAGCACUUUUGCUUGGGGUAACCGGCUGUGGGCUAUUUCUAAUAUAUCAUUAUUUAGAUUUAUAAAGGAAUUUUUCAUAAUAACCAAGAUUCCUUGAAAACCUCAGUGUUACCUGUAUUGAAUUACUAAAGAGAAAGAAAAAGAAAAAAAAACCUAUGAGUUAUGAUGAUAAAUAGAAUCUUGUAGUCUUUCUGUGAUUCAACUAAUAAAUAAUCUCACAGCUUGUGUGGUGGAAAAUUGUGUUCCAAUAAGCAGCUAAAUACUUUAGGAUUUGUGAUUUGUUGAUUGCUCCAUAGAUGCCACUGAUUGUUUACCAAUGAUUUCUUGCUGUGGUGGGAUAGUGGAUUGUUUACUGUUCUAUUCUCCUCCUGGCCUUUAGGGGUCAGUCAUUGCCUGAACUCCAGACUACCCAGCCAACAACAGGGCCAGGGGCAUGUGUUCUGUGUUAGGAAGAUUUUUUGCUUUGGUACUUGCACAUUUACAGUUACCUCAUUUUUGCCAUGUUUGUAUUUG